AUGGAGUUUCUUAGCGGAGGAGAUCUAAGUGUCCUCAUGAGAGCCAACGCCCUAUUCACCAUUCCAGUCACCAGAUUUAUGGCAGCUGAGAUCAUCUGUGGGCUGCAGUUUCUCCACACCAGAGGCAUCAUACACAGGGACAUAAAACCAGCCAAUAUCUUAAUGAACAGCGCCGGUCACUUGAAGAUCGCCGAUUUUGGUCUUGCCGUGAUGAACAUCUUUGGGGAUAAGAAGAUCUCAGAAUAUGCCGGAACUCUUAGAUACAUGGCUCCUGAGAUUCUUCUACGGAAGCCCUACAACACGGCAGUGGACUGGUUCUCAGCUGGUGUGAUGAUAUAUGAGAUGGCUACUGGCAAAUAUCCAUUCAAUGCCGGUAUACUGCCUGAAACAAUCGAAAAGUCACUGAUCAAUGAUGUUCCCACCUACCCAAAAGGCCUCAACCCCCAAGCUAGAGACCUUAUAGUGGGGCUCUUAAACAAGUCACCAGAGAGUCGCCAGGUAGCGGUAGAUAACAUCAGGGAACAUCCGUUUUUCAUGGAAAUCAACUGGACAGAUAUAGAGGGAGCAGGAGCUCGUCCACCAUUCCAACUAGGACCACCACCAGUGAUGACAUUGACAAAAAUCGAUGACAUCCUGUCCUCCACCGAAGCCAAUAAGUCACCAAUGGCUGAAAGAGAUCAACAACUGUUCUGUGGAUUCACAUUUGCCAAUGAGAACUGGCAGGUCGUAAAGCCAAUUAAAGAACCUUUCAUACGACCACGCAGAACGUUUGGCAGAUUUGUGAGAGAGACCUUCCGCAGGAUCUGGAGGAAGAUGAAAAACUGGAAGUAA